GACCCCCCCCCCAACCACCACCACCAACAAAAAAAAGAAAAAUCUCAUUUUGCUUUUACCUGCCACUGUCUUGGAUCGCACAACGAAUCUUGGAAUCAUACCCAUUUCACUUUCUUUCUGCAAAAUUGCUGUCAAAACCUUAAACCAUUGAAUCUGAUCAAAGGUAUCACCUUUUUGGGUAGCAACAAUUAAUCAUAGUAUAUAUAUAUUAUCAAGUCAGGUAGAUCUGUUUCGGAGUAAAAUAAUUAUGGUAUCAUCUGAGAGUAUCAGAGAAAGAGGGAGAAGAAAAAGAGACGGCGGCGGAGGAGGUGAUAAUGAUAGUAGUAGUGGUGGCAAUGAGAGUGAAGGGAUGAGGAAAUUGUUGUUAGGGUUAGGAUUUUUGGUGCAAGGAUUCAGGUGUUUCCCUUGGAUGGCUGUUAAUUUUUUCCUCAAAGAUGGCCUUAAGGUGGACCCCUCCACACUUCAGAUUCUUCAGAGUUCUGCUAAUCUUCCUAUGGUGGCUAAGCCUUUUUAUGGAAUUCUAUCUGAUUCUUUUUACAUUUUUGGCCAGCAUCGUGUUCCUUAUAUUGCUAUUGGAGCUUUUCUGCAGGCAGUGUCAUGGACUGCUAUAUUCCUCUCUCCUUCAAAUAUUUCAUUUUUUACAAUCACUCUAUAUCUCUUGCUUGGAAACUUGGGUGCUUCAAUAGUUGAGGUUGCCAACGAUGCCAUUGUUGCGGAGUUAGGAAAACCACCUAGUUCUUCAUCCAAAAAUAAGCAACAUUCUUCAUCAGGUCAGCUCCAGUCAUUUGUCUGGAUCGCCUCUUCUGUCGGUGGAGUACUUGGUAACCUUGCAGGCGGUAUUGCCAUUGAUCGUGUUUCCGCUCAAGUGAUGUUCCUUAUGUUUGGCAUUCUCUUAACUAUUCAAUUUCUGGUUACGAUUUUUAUUCAUGAAAGUUCCUUGGACCUUCCCAAGAGUCCAUCUAAUCUUGGAAUCAAAAAGCAACUCUCAGAGCUUCUAGAUGCAUUGCGGAAGCCAGAGAUUUGUUAUUCAAUUUUGUGGUUCGCAGCUUCUUAUGCAGUAGUUCCAGCUUUAACAGGAACAAUGUUCUAUUACCAGACACAACAUUUAGGUAUUGAAUCAUCAGUAUUGGGUAUAUCUAAGGUAUUCGGGCAGGCAGCAAUGCUGUUGUGGGGUAUAAUCUAUAACAAGAACCUGAAAUCAACGUCUCCUAGGAAGCUAAUCUCAGCAAUUCAGGCUACUAUGGCUGUUCUGAUGUUUUCGGAUUUCUUAUUCGUAAAGGGGGUAUACAGGAUGUUUGGUAUUCCCGACUCAUUGUAUGUGGUGCUUUUUUCUGGCUUUCUGGAGGUUCUCUACUUCUUCAAGAUUUUACCCUUCACUGUUGUUAUGGCACAGCUCUGCCCUCCGGGGUAUGAAGGAUCUGUCAUGGCAUUUCUCAUGUCUGCCAUAGCACUGGCUGUUAUUAUAAGUGGCUAUUUUGGUGUUGCACUGUCAUCAUUUGUCCAAGUGACAGGGAAUGACUUCUCGGGCUUACGACAUGCCCUGUUAAUACAGUCAGUAUGCACACUUCUGCCGCUUUAUUGGUCAUCAUGCAUACCUGAUGGUGUCAAACCGAAAACCAAAUCAAAGGAAGGUUGAUGAGCUCUAGCAGUGAGUGUUAGUCAUUUCAGCUCAGCAGUAGUUCAAACUUUCCUUCCCCUCGCCUCGGCCUUGGCCAAUUUCCUGGGAAUACACUUGUCUUUCCAGGAGGAUCUCAAUACAAAACUUUGGGAAGAAAUUCACUUCAUAAUACAUAUAGAGUUUACAUAAGUGAAUAGUUCAUAGUUUAGGUUUUCGGUUAGUGCUAUUCAAAGUUUAGCAUUGUGUCUUAUAUUAGCAUUCGCUAUUUAAUAAUUUAAUUGGUUUAUGGCUUUAGCUCCAAUUAGCCUCUUGUUGAUGUUGUCUUCAGUUUAAA